AUGGUUCCACUUGGUUUCUUACAGAAAUCGUCAACCACGGCAAAAGAGCACGUGCCAUCUCCAACAACCUAUAUAGAGGAUUUGAAAGCCUCUCUUCUCUACAAUAUGGGCAGGCGAGAAUCAGGAACACCUCUGACGUCGAACGCCCGAGUCACUGGUGCGUCGCUGAAUUCUCUCACAGAUGUGCCACGGCAAGGUCCAGUUCUCGUUAUCACAGACGCCACCUUUGGCGCCUCUCCAGCACUCAUUUUCUCCAAUCUUGCAGAGCUUCCCCAAAGAGUGAGUCAACUAUCGCAGUUACUACAUUUCUAUUUCACUUUGAAGUAUUAG